CAAGAUCAAGGUGCGUGUCGUACUGCUCAAGGUUCCCGGUGGUCGGCUCACCAUCCUAUAAAAAUGGAAUCCCAACAGAGCCUAAGACAUCAUUCUUCUUGUGCAUUUCAAUCCAAGCGAACUUCUCUCAAAAAAUGUUGAGCUACUCUGCCUUGCUCGUCGUCUCAAGCGUGGCCGUGAUGCUGAUGGAUAACGGCGUCGAAGCGCAAAACACCUAUUUUUACCGCCGUUUCGGGCAGAGCAAUCCAUCCGUCAGCCGCAAUGUUUUCAGGCCACAAAAUCCAUCUUCCGCCUUCAACAUCAAUCCGGUCGUCGCCAGAAGCAACAACGGAUGGGGCUGGCCGUCAGCAGUGCAACAGCAAAACAGAUGGAGGGUGAAUUUCGACAACUCCAUCGAAGAUAAUUCAGUCGAAUCAGUUGAAUCCACCUUCCGUCGUCGUUCCUCUUCACCUCAGAGGCCCUCCAUCACUAGCAACGCAUGGAAUCGUCCAACAGCUGCUCCUGUCCGGCAACAACAAACCAGAUGGAACGUCCGCCAUUCCGAUGAAGAUUCGUUUGAAUCUCGCGAAAACAGACGUUGGUGGUAGUGGGCCCCCUUUUAUUUUUUUUUUAAUUUUUGGAUUGGUGGGUUUACCCUUUUCUUAAAAAGUCUUUGGAAAAAAAAACAAGAGAAUGCGGCAGCCAUUUUUUAAUAUCUGGCAAACGAAGCGCUUCUUCAAAAAAAUGCGUUGAGAUGGGCCGCCUUUCUCUUUUUCUUGUUUGAUCGCGGAAUAUUAGAGAGGAUUUCUUCUGAGGAUUGUGUAUAGCGUUACAUAGACGCCCUAAAGAGAAAAGCGUAGAAGUCUUUGUAUUCUGGCCCCCACUGUAUAACGUCGAGAAAAAAAUGAGAUCGAUAACUGUGGAGGACGAAACAAUUUAGCGGUGAAUAAUAUAUGGUCAUGGAACUCGGUGAACACGAAGUACAAAAGCUCUUUUUCCUCUUAAAAAACAAAACAAAAAAGAAGUUUUUAAAGCAAAGUGAAAGUUCUCGAAAUAUGCAUCCUCCAGAUUCACCCGAUAUCUGUGCCUUGUUUUGCCUGCUGUACCUGUUCUAUAAUAAUACACCACUUAUCAUGAA